GCCGCCCCCGCGGGCUCGCGGCGCCGGGCGCGCUGUGCCAGCGCGGCGCGGAGGAAAUGGGCAGCGAGUGAACGGGUCGGAGCCGGUGCCGGGCGCCCGCGAUGACCCUGGUGCUGCCCAUGCACCGGCUGGGCGCCCCCAUCGCCGCCGAGGGAGCCGCCGAGCUCGCCGCCUGCCGCGCCCUCUGGGAGCCGCCGUGCUGCGGCCGCCCCGCUCCCGGCCCCGCUCCCGGCCCCGCUCCCGGCCCCGCUCCCGCCGCAGCCGCCGCAGGAUCGCAUUACAGGGGAAUUUCAAAUCCUGCAACAACAUCCAAGAUCACAUACUUUAAAAGGAAAUAUGUGGAAGAAGAGGAUUUUCAGCCGCCGCUCAGCAGCUGCACACAUAAAACCAUCUCGGUGUUCGAGGAGAGGGCCCAUAUCCUUUACAUGUCUCUGGAAAAGCUGAAGUUCAUCGAUGACCCCGAAGUCUACCUGCGGAGAUCCGUCCUCAUAAACAACUUGAUGAAGAGGAUCCACGGAGAAAUCGUCAUGCAGAACAGCUGGUGCUUCUCCGCUUGCUCUUUCAGCGGCGCCUCGCCGCAGGAGUGGUUCGUGCCUCAAGACUGCCCCUACAGAAAACGGCUGCGGAUGGCCAAGGAGGAGUACGAGAAGUUUCACGCCUGCUGCUUCUAUCAAGAGUGCGGCAGUCACUACUUAAAUCUACCCUACUCUGUCAAUGCUAGCACGGAAAAUACUUCCUCCUCCUCCUCCUCUUCCUCCUCCUCCUCUUCCUCCCCCCCUGCCAUGUCUUUGCCAAGCUGUUCCCAGCAGGUGGAUUAUGACUUUGGCGGUGGCCCUGCGUACAGGAGCGACGACCAGAUACCCGCUAACGAAAUAUUCCUCACUAAUGCCGGGUCUCAUGGUGAUCAGGACAGGGCAAAGUUUAAUGAUGAGAAAGGAGGUAACGAGCCUAAGCGAGACAGUGUCGCCCUAAACUGUGAACCCGUAAGAGGCACCCAUGCCCUCGAAUGUAAAGGCAAAUGCUAUGAUUACUUUGAGACUGGAUGUAAUGACAAGAGCAACGUAAGUGAAUCUUGGAAAAAAUCCUUAAGGAAAAAGGAACCUUUACCAAGCAACAAAAUGUGCUGCAGCAAAGGAAGUAAAAUAUGAGGAGUCUUUCCUGCUCUGCCGAAGCAUGCGCAGCAUGGCCAUUUAUCUAUCAAAAUUUUAUUUUGAAUGGAUUUUUUUAUAGUUUUCUACAAGUGAUACAAUCAUGCCACAAACGUUACAUGUAGUUUUAAGUGACUGAAGAGCAGAUUGCACAAAGCGUCCCCGCGAUCUGCACCAGCGGGCUAUUUAUAAACGUGGAGACUUCGCGGAGAACACAGUUGCAUUACUGCCUCACGCUGCAGCGGCUCCAGCUAUAGUGCAGCUUUUGUUACCGAAAAUAUCGAUCAACCAGAUGGGGAAAACAUAUCGUUUUCUAUAUCCCUGCCCCCAAGAAGUCUGCCGUUAAUUAGGAAGAACCUCCAUUACGUUUACUGAGGCGCUGGAAGUCUGGUAAACAAAUUGAUGCUGCCAGCAAGGGUGAUGCGCUCCUCCGAACGCAGUGUUGGUUCUGACAAAAGACUGGCUGCCCGGACUGGGAGCGAGCCCUUGCCUUUCCUACUGAUGCUCUUCAAGUCCUGCGUUCGGCGUCUUCUUCAGCUGACAAAACGUGGACGUAGCGGAGGGAGAUACCUGCUUACGGGAUGUCAAUCAGAAACGCAACAUGCAGCUCAAGGACUCGCAUGUGUUCACCUCGGCUGUAGUAACUAAUGAGGCUUGUUGUUAUACAGGGCAGGUCUUUUUUGGUGCCUUACUUUUUGUCUUAAUUUUUGCCAGCGUGAAAAUUAAGUAUAAACCAGUGAUACAGCAGGGAUUUAACCUAAACAGAAAAAAGAAAAAAAAAAAAAAAAACACAACAGGGUGGAUCAAUAUUACUAGAAACCUUUAACCUUUGAAGUACUGAGUUCAACUUCCUAUUCAAACAUCUCUGUUCUUCCUUUUUGAUGCUCAAUUGCUUUUUGAUUUGCCAUCCUUAGGAAGGGAUUUAAGAAACAAUAGAGAGAUGUCUCUUGUAAACAAGCAUUGGGAUGCUUGAGCGUUUCUAUGGCAACUGGCUGUUGCUGGGGCUCUUUUUUUCUUCUUCGUAUAAUGAAGUUCAUGAACCAGUGGCAUGUUUUAUACUUUAUUCUGUUUCGCAUAAUUUCUCUCUUUUAGAUCGCAAAAGCAUGUGGGAGUUUUAUAUGACUUUUGCUGUUGAUUUAAAAAAAAAAAGAAAGCAAAAAGCACAAUGUUAAUCAAGAAUGUGGCGAUAAACAUGAUUUUAUCUGAAUGAAUGUAAGGGUUUUAAUUUUAAAAAAGAACAUUUUGGAGAAAUGAGCUGGGAUUUCAGUGGCUAAGGACAAAAUUUCGUCAUCCCUAGGUAGACAUACUUAGGUAUAGCAUCAUGUGCUGAGUACCAACACAUGGAAAAUCUGGUGUGAGCCCUAGAAGAGCAUCCAGGACAGAAAUCAGUGCCAGCCUUUAUGUGGUUGGGUAAAGCUGGGCCUGGCAGGUUUGUGAGGGUUAUCGUUGUGACAGCUGACGAAUAAAGAAAAUACAAAUCCCACCUGAUUUCUCCAAGACAGAAGCUUCUUUAUUAAUAAUAAUAAUAAUAAUAAUAAUAAUAUUAAAUAUAGAUCUCAUUCAUACAGUGUAUGAGUAGGAUCAUCAUUUAGACAUUUGUCCACAAGGACCAAUUUUUUAAAAAAACUGAUUUUUCUUGCAUUACACCCAGAUAGUCUAGUCACGUCUGCUCUUUUCCAAUAUUUGAUAAACAUUUGAUGUUUUAAGCUUAAAUAUUAGCUGCUUGUAUACUAAUGUGUUGUUGUAGUAAAGUGAAAUUUCCUUGAUAUAUAUAUUUAUUAAAAUGACCAAAAUUCAUUUUAAUUUUACAUCUCCAAUGGCUACUGGAUCCUUUUCCCCCAUGGUCCCCUCUCUUGCCCACGCAAAUACCAUUUGAUCGCGCUGCUCCAGAGGUGACGAGCUCACGCAGCGGUUGACCCCCAGGCUGGGUCCAGGAGAGCGCGCCGUCUCGGCAGGUCUUCAGGAGCCUUUGGGACAUGGCCUGGAGGUGCAUGGAGAAGGCACAGAUGUUGCUGCGGGCUGGCAGGAGCAGCCACCGAGGGUGUUGGGCCAAGUGUUUCCCAGGCCACACAUCAGUUUUGGGGUGCUGAGAGCUUUUUGGCCUUUAAGGGCUCCUAGAUCUGCAUGUAUAAGCCAUUGCAUGGUCUUCUGAGUUGAAAUUUGGAGCAGCUCAAGUGACCCAGCAUCCGAAAUGGGUCUGCGCUGGCCUCUGUAGCAGCUCUUUAGCUGCAGGGUCACCCUUGGGACAGCCUUCCCGAGUGUCGUCAGCACCUGGACGGGAAGAAACAUCAACUAGUCUGUGAAAGAGAGGCCUGAGGUCGAGGGGGCUUUUACGCCUUUCUCCAGACCCUGCUGCUACUGAGAGUCGUUGCCUCGGACUCAGCGGCCCACUAAGCUGUUCUGUUCGCUUCAGAACAGACUGAGGCAUUUAAUGCUAAAACAGGGAGCUGGAAACAACCCUGACCAAUUGGCAAAAAUACAGGAGAUCUUGUUCAAAAUUGUAACUUAGAUUAGGCUUAGUGGGUUUCACCAUUUAAUUUUCUUUGGCUUUACGGUGUGGGGAGGAUAAAGUGGAUAGACCCGUUCCUCACCACGUGCUGCAGUAUGUUAUCGCUACUAUCACAAACUUUCCAGAAGCGCUUCUUUCCCAGGAUCGUCCUAAUAUCGUUCAGCCUUAUGCAUAGCCCAUGCACAACUGUUAAAUGAACAUUCCUGAACUUGAUACUGGUCUGUCUGCAAGAAGUAGACGGAAGAGCUCAUCUCUGGAGAGACUGUUUCACUCCGUGUCACAACAUACUUUGCUCGUAGACCGCAGCAUUAUAAAGCACUGCGCUAGCACCAGCUGGCUAAUCCGCGCUUACACUGGUUCUACAGAGCACGGAAAAUGGAAGCAGAAAGAGGUGUUUCUGUUGUCAGGUCUAUUUUACAGUCGCUAAGAAUAAAAGAGUUGUUUUAUCUUCAGCAUCGCUUUUCACCAGAUGAUAUGU